AUUGCCAGGCUUCUGAAGUGGUUAACCAAAGCUAAGAACAUAGGACACUGGUGCGUGAUGUUGAGCAGUGGGCAGUCCCCACAGCCUUCCCCGCCGACUCGGAGCGUCAUGCGCCAGUAUGAGCAGUAAGAGAGAAAAGCGCGCCUCGGAGCUCAGCAUCCCCUCGAGAAAAAAGGAGGAACUGAGUGGAGAGGACGAAUGACUGUACUGCUUGCAAAACUUGCAGCGGUUCACUUUUUCUCCUGAGGAGUUUUGUCUUGGCUGCUGUGAGAGCUGGAAGAGCAAGCGGAGCUGCAGCAGUGAUUUCCUCGUGGUCCCCCUUCUCUGCUUUUAUUUAACUUUUUUCCCCCUCGUGCCCGGAGUUAAGACUGCCAGCUGCACUGUUUGCGAGCAGUGGACACCAAUAUGUGUCAUGUCAUUGUAACGUGUCGGUCAAUGCUAUGGACUCUGCUGAGCAUCGUCGUGGCUUUUGCGGAGCUCAUCGCUUUCAUGAGCGCGGACUGGCUGAUUGGCAAAGCCAAACCGGUCAGCACCGAGGACAUGGACAACAGAACGGGAGGGCCGCAGGAACCUUACCGCCCGACCCUGGGCAUCUACGGGCGCUGCACAAGGAUCUCUCACAUGCAGCUCUCCAGGCGAGAUACGCUUUGUGGCCCUUACGCUGAAAACUUCAGUGAGAUUGCCAGUGGGUUCUGGCAGGCGACCGCUAUUUUCCUAGCUGUGGGAAUCCUGAUCCUCUGCGCCGUGGCGUUUGUGUCUGUCUUUACUAUGUGUGUGCAGAGUAUUAUGAAGAAAAGUAUUUUUAAUGUCUGUGGGCUGCUACAAGGGAUUGCAGGCCUCUUCCUUAUCUUAGGCUUGAUACUUUACCCUGCAGGUUGGGGAUGCCAGAAAGCAAUAAGCUAUUGUGGACAUUAUGCUUCUGCUUACAAACUGGGAGACUGCUCCUUGGGCUGGGCUUUCUACACGGCGAUUGGUGGCACUAUUCUGACGUUCAUCUGUGCAGUCUUCUCGGCGCAAGCUGAAAUCGCCACAUCCAGUGACAAAGUGCAAGAAGAAAUAGAGGAAGGAAAAAACCUUAUCUGCCUCCUUUAACUCCAGUGGGAAAAAAUACCAGUGCCUGGAUAUUAAUUUGCUAUUCACUGACUUGAUGAGGAGAUCCACUUACCAGUUUCCACAGUUUGUGUGAUUGAGCCCCAUGCAUUCCAGCCCUGAACUACUGAAAUGGUCUUUCCUCCUUGUUGGGCAAUGAGGAUCAGAAAAGAUCCCAAGAAAGGAGAAUGUAAACACUUGGGGAUUUUUUAGUUUGAUUACAUUAUCAGGACACUGUGGAGUAUAUUAAUCAGAUUGGGGAUGCGAGGAAUCAUAUAUAUAGUGGGGAUAUUAUUACAUAGCUGACAAAUUCUGAUUGAUUGGAUUGCCUUACCCACCUUGGUCACUUUAAAAAAAUUGGAUUUAAAAUAAUAAAAGCCAGCACAUUUUUACUUUUUUUUUUACACAA